GAUGGGGGGAAGCGUUGAAGAAAAAAGAACGUUUUUCAAUUGGUUCUUCGCCAAGCUCGAUUGCACCGUACGAGGAAAGGGAGAGUCGUCCCUUUCGCACAACAAAAUGCGGAUAGCCGUUGCAACCAACCUAGAAUAAAGAGCAAGGCCCAUACAGCAUUUUUCCAAGAUGAGAACAGAUCGCAGAGCAAUAAGGAACGCGCAUUCGGAAACGAAUGGCCGCAUCGAACUACGGGUCCUGUGGCGUCACGGUUCGUUGUCUUCGCUGUGCACGAUGAUGAGACAUGGAAGAAAAGAGAGGGAGGCUAUCAAACGUCUCGUACGAAGAACCCUCGUCCUUUCGUUUUGCCUCGGAGGAAGGCUCAUCGGAUCCGCGGAUACCGCGUUUGCCUACGUCCCGAGAAACCACCGAACCAGCAUGCGCCGGGGGCGCACGAUACGGAGGGACAAUCCUGCCUACGCGCUCACAACGGUUUCUUCCUCGAAGAUUGCUCCCGAUCGAACAAUACCAACAAACUCAACCUACAACAAUUACAACGAUACUAGCCUAAAGGACAACUACCCGUACGACGAUACCAUAAACGAACACAGGCCCCACACAAAUGGUACUGUUGUUUUUUCUUCGGAAGAGGAUUUCUUUCAUGGUGACGGGAUUUCUGGUAUGAUGAGCGCUCGGCUAUCGGAUGACAUGUACGAUUUUGAACAACUCUUGGACGACAUCACCGUUGAUGAAAAUUCUAGCAGUAUCAACGGCGCUGUAAAGUCGGGUUCCAUCCCGGAAGAAGCGAAUGAAGGGAACGGAGCCAGCGAGACAGGAAUGAGUGGAGUGGAAGAUAGACUGUUCGCUGAAGGUUUGGAAACCGGUGAAUUUCAAAUAAUAGGGGAGGCCUCUGCAAAGGAAUCGGAUGGAACCGCAUGCACGCCAGAAGAAAACUGCGAAAACGAAGAGCAAAGUGCCGACGAAGACUACGAGGUCCAAACUUCCAAGAAUCGAACUUCGCUGUUCCGAAGAGUACGGCUCUUCGGCCGCGUAAAAAAUGCAUCCGGCCAAGCACCAUCCCAAAAGAACGAUGAGGUUGCUCCGCUUCCGAUCGAUGACGGCGGAGAAACCAGCGACGUGGUGGGCAAUGUGGUCAACAGCAGGAAGCCAUUUCUACGGCGACUUUGGAGAAAGAGGAAUGCACGAACCAUCGAGGAAGGCAUCCGCCGGGAACAGACAAACAAAUUGUCUUUUUUGCUGAACAAGGCGCUCGUCACCGCAACCCCUAGCCAAGAAAAAAGCUACUUAGAGCGGUCGCUGAUGGGCCUGGUCAACGGAUUGGCGGAAGAGGUCGAAGAUCUUGACAUCGAACUAAACACCAUGUCCAAAACCCCCUUUUGGAGAAAGGAAGUGGAAGAGAUACGGAUUAAUUUUUCGCGACUCGGGUUUCGACCGAUCCAGAUAGGAGGAACGAAUACGAUUGUAGAAAUCAUCGAUCAAAACGAAGAUGCUUCUAAUUCCACCCAGAACAAAACAAGCGAUGGCGAUGUCGGCCAGGGUCCGUUUUCGAUGGAUUCCGAUCUGCCAUUCGUUGUGGAUUGUGCCGACGAAGGUUUUGAUCGCAUCGACGAAGACGGGAGUGGGACUCUCGACGCGGACGAAUUGGCCCAAGCACUGAACAGCAUCACCGGUCUAAAAACAGACAAAAGUUCCAUCGAAGAGUUGGCAUCGGACCUCGUCCGGUUGUACGAUGACAAUGGCGAUGGUGUGGUCGACCGCGAGGAAUACAAACGAAUGGUAGAUGACAUGGCCAAGCUGCGCAAAGCCAAGGAGGACGGCAAGAAUCCGUUCACGGCGAUGAAGGAUUCCAUCCAAUCGGUUUCCGAAGGGAUAUCGAGCAAGGCCGGAGAGGUGGUAUCGGCGGCGCGAGAUAAAUAUUUCAGCGAAAAGAAUACGGAGGAACAGGAGGAGACGGAAAUGGGAUCGAUCGUGCUUUCGAAUGUGAACCUAGAUCUCCGAAGGUUGGUGUUUGGAGCUUUUCCUGUGAUAAAGAAGAUAACUCCCGGAGGUCCACUGAUCCUCCAGCCAUUUACAGCCACGGUGACUGCUUCUUUCAGUCGUGAAGACGUCAUGGGAUCUUUCUUGCUGGACGCUGCACUGAGACGAUUGGUGGCAAGAGCCCUGAGAGUUCGGGUGCGAUCCUAUCGAGACCUCGUAGAGGGAGCUGUCUUUCUCGGUCGUCAAUGGAAAAUGGAAUCGAAGACCGCACCGGUGGUAGAAGUCCUCGGGCUCUCUAACGUGGAAUUCGAUUCCGGAGACAAAAUGAUCGUAACCGGCCGGGCCAAAAUACGGGCAGAUCCCGAUGCACCCAUCGUGACGAGCACCUUUAAACUCCGCACCAAGAUUGGAACCCGAAAGAACGGCCAGGUAAUCAAGCUGAAGGAACCAGAACUAGCUUUUGUGUUUGAAUGUCCCAAGGCGCUCGAGCGGGGGCUCGGAGCUGUUUGUGAAACCUUUGGUUUGCCACCGCCAAAACGUCCAGAACCGUACUACUCGUUCUUUCCGAUCUACUCUCCGUUCAAAGUUGACGACGAUAGCGGUGGUUUUGAUAUGGGAGAAGACAACUGCAUUCGUUCCAUCUUUAUCCGCAAUGGAAAGCUUCGAUUCGAAAUGAGUGUUGUCUUGAGACCGGGACGCUUCUUGGGCAACCAUUAUCUUGCAUUCACCGUUCCACAGCGGACCUUUAUCAUUACGAUGGACAGAGUAUGGAACGGCAUUCGCGCAGCCAGAGAAAACAAACAAGUAGUAGAGCGCGCCAAAAAACUGAAGAAGGCGGAAGAUAAGUCGACGAAGUCGAACAGAGCCGAAGAUACCAACGAAUCUGUCGGUGAAUCCUCGAUCUCAGACGGACUACCGGCAACACCGAGCGAUACCAAUCCACGCAAGCGUUUUUUCAAGGCAAUCAAGGACAACACUCCAAAACCUAAGUCGUUUUACACCCGGUUCGUCGAAGGUUAUACGAUGCUCGAGCGUGAGGAAGAAGCCAACAACGAGCGCAUAUCAAACGAUAUCAGCGACUGGUUUGGACGCCAGGGGAGUAGCAACAAUGCUACAUCGAGCGAAGAAGAGUAAGGACACAAAAAAAGGACCGACAUAGAACACUAGCGUCGUCGACGCCUUGUAUUCUUGUUUUUGUUGAAGUCAUCCAUCGCCAAUCCAUAUUCAUCUUUGAAAAAUAUGCAAUCCUUUUGACCGCUAUCAGUUUUAAACAGAUAAAAAUCAAUUUUUGAC